CUCGAGGGCAGGGCGGUAAUAGAGAGAAGGGUUGUCAUUCGCGUGACGUCACGGGCGCGGGGCCGGGAGCGGUAUGAGCGGGCCAGCAGAGGUUAAAGUGAAAAUACCUUUUGGAAACAAAUACCUUGAUGCUAUCUUUUCUGUCCCAGAGAAGAAAUCAACAUAUGGAGUGAUUCUUACCCAUGGAGCUGGAGGAGAUAUGAAUUUCCCUCACUUAAUGUCUUUGGCAGCCUAUCUUGCAUCCCAUGGAGUUCUGUGCCUACGGUUUACUUGUAAAGGCCUUAACAUUGCUUAUAGGACUAAGGCCUUCAAAACAGUUGUGGAAUUCUUAAAGCUUUCUGAUGAUUAUAAACUUUCCGGCGUCUUCCUUGCAGGCCGUUCCAUGGGCUCACGUGCCGCUGCCUCUGUGAUACGUCAUCUUAGCCAGGAGGAUGAUGAUGAAGACUUUGUUCAAGGUCUAGUAUGUUUAUCUUACCCAUUGCAUCGACCAAAACUUCAGUCCAAGCUCCGGGAUGAAGAUUUAUUAUUCAUCAGGUGUCCAGUGCUGUUUGUCUCAGGAUCAGCAGAUGAGAUGUGUGAAAAACAACUGCUAGAAGGUGUGGCAAGCAAAAUGAAAGCCCCUAAAAAAAUCCAUUGGAUUGAUAAAGCAAACCACGGGAUGGUAGUCAAAGGACGAACAACGGAUGAUGUCAUGGAAGAAAUAAAUGCACAAGUUUUGUCUUGGCUUAGAGAGAAUAUUGAACUGGAGCACAAAUGAUUUGCAGUAUUUAAGCAGUGUCUUUGUUUAGCUUUUUGUAAAUGCAGCAAAUGAGUUUGUUAUUUCUGAGAGAUGUAUUUUUUAAAACAGAUGUUUUCAGAGGUCUAAGUGUAAAUGGAAAUAAAACAUUUUUGUGUGAAUGAAAAAAUAAAGUUUUCAAAGGAAAGAAAAUUUCCCAAAUAUUUCAUACUGUGGCAGCAUUGUUUUCUGUGUUUCUAUGCAAAUAACUGUAUACAAUGCUCAGUGCUCUGCAUUAACAAGUAGAUGCUUUUGACUGAUACUUGAAGUAAAGUAUCUGGAAAGAAA